CUCUGUCGUUGCAGCUCGUAGCCUCCGUGUUUCUUUAUGGGAGGAGCGGUGCGACUUCCCCACUUCUGCCCCCACUAUGUAGGCUACUUUCUUACAUCCCUGCUUACGUUUGGCUGGCAAAGCCUAAUUUCCGCAUUCCCAAAUCCUCCCAGAUUGGGAUCACGUUUUAAAACCGGGCUGAUGCAACGAUUUCCACUUUUUAAAAUCUACUCUCGACCCUCGGCUGACCAGAAGAAAGGACAUUUGUUGCACCUGGGAUCAAAGUCAGCUGUGGUCACGACCGAGUCUGACGCGAUGCCAGGACGAAUCCCAGAUCCCACGGUGACAGCAGGCUCCCUGCCCAGCCUGGGUCCACUGGCUGGGAUCUCAGCCACCACGCUGACUGACAAGCUAAAAUUUGGUGACUUCCAGGAGUUUGGCACAAUGUUGUCACCUCUGCACUUCCUGGACAGUCUGGGGAAGAGGCCCCUAGUGAUCAAAACAGAGAGAGAUGAAGAGGUCGACAGGAGGAAACGACGGCGAGAGAAAAACAAAGUGGCUGCAGCUAGAUGUCGAAACAAAAAGAAGGAGAGAACAGAUUAUCUACAAAAGGAAUCAGAGAGACUAGAGAUGUUGAACUCCGAUCUCAAAUCCCAGAUCGAGGAGCUGAAGCUCGAACGACAGCAACUGAUCCUCAUGCUUAAUCGGCAUCGCCCCACAUGUAUUGUCAGGACAGACAGCGUCAAAACCCCGGAGAGCGAGGCGAACCCCCUGCUGCAGCAGCUGGAGGCCAAGUGAAGGUGCGACGACUUUGUACAGUUUACAGUUGAGAAGAAGCAGCCAACUAGCAGCACUUAGAGCUGGAGGAGAGCCGGCCAAGACCUCCCACCUUAACUCAGAGCGCUACGCCACAGAAUGUGGAUCAAAUAACAAUGGACACUGUUUAUUGCAGUUAAAUCAUAUAUAUUCUUUGUGUUUGUCUCUCUUGCUCUCCCAUUUAUUUGUCAUUGUGGUCAUCAGAGCUCCAGCCGCUGUCAGUAUGAAGUUGAACAAAGAAACAACAACAACACAGCUAUUGGCACAUUACUUUACGUUGUAUACAUUCAGUUUGUUGUUUAACAGUGGAUCGUACUAUAUGUAUUCUUAUCUUUAGCGUUCGCUUCAACAUAUUUCCAGCAACUAAAAUGGACAUUUUCGACUAUUGAGAACAGUUUCAGCUCAGCAAUUCAAUUUGUGAUUUUUAAUUACACAGCCCCGUUUUACUAUUUUUAAUCUUGCCUUUGUUAAAGUGCAUGCUGGGAAUCCUAGGAAUUUUAAGUGAAAUUCAACUAGAGGAGAGCAAAUAGGUAGACUUAAUAGAUAUAUUUAGUUUAAUUUGCUCACUCAAUUAAGAAAAUAGUAAAUUCUCUAUUUUUGAAUAUUUACACAGCCAGAAGUUUUGUUUUUUUACUACAUAAUGAACCUUCAUGAUUCAUGGUCAUUUUUGUUCUUUCAUUCAUUUGGUGGCUGAGCAGUUUUUUCUUUUUUUCCCUAUGUUUUGGCGCAGGCGUCACAUAUGCACAUAUAUAUGUAUAUCUCUCUUUCUAUAUAUAUAUGGACUGUUUACAUUGUACUUUAUUUUCUGUUAGCAUAUUGUUACUACCAAUUAUGUUUUUUAUACUUUUGUAUAUGAUGUUAUAUAAGCAUAUAAGCUAUCAAAA